AUGGAAGGACUCGACAAGGCGGCUGCGAUCCCGCGGCUUGCUGAAAUCCUCCGACACCCAGAAGAUCUCGACAAACUCCCCGCCUUGAAGCUCGAAUACCAGCGCAAGAAGGUCGCCGUAGACGCCCAGCUCCGAGAAGGUCUACGCGAACAACUCGAGAACGUACAACGAAGUCUCGCUGUAUUGACAGAAGGUCAGCGCCAGGUCUCCAAAACUCGCGAUGAGCUUCAGGGUAUUGAUAAGCUAUGCGCCGAGUCGCAGGAGACUGUGGAGGACUUCUCGCAGAUUGAUAAAUUAGCAAGGGUGCAACGCAACUUUGAGGCCGUGGUUAUGAUGAAGAAAGGGUUGGAAAAUUUCGAUGCGGAUUUGGCCAAAGCUGAAGCUCUGCUGCGUGAGGAUGACGAUGAUUUGGAGAAUCAGCCUAAUUUGUUGAAGGCGCAUAUAUUGAUAUCGCAGUUGCGAGAUUUUCGUGAUGAAGCGCUAGAUCAGAUUCGGAGAGCGAAGGAUUCGAGUAGUGAGACUACAUUGCUGGAUUAUUUCCAGGGUUUGGAUUCGGUUGUUGACUGGUUUGAUGAUCACGUUGGAACUGCCUGCAUGAAUCUGAUUCCGCUUCUACAGUCCGACAAUAACGGCAUGGUAGUGAGACUGGCUAUUGUGAUUGCAAAAGAAGAGAAAAACGACGAGCAUGUUCGAGCAUUACAAGAGGCUCAAAGAGAUCACGAAGAGCUGGCAAACAGGUUCAAGUCGAUGAAUAUCGGACCAAAAACGGUCAGAGGCUACAAGGAGAAGUUCCUUCAGGCUAUUGAGUUCUAUGCACAGAAUCAGUUUGAUGCCAGCAAGGAAGACUUUUUGGAAGAUCCGGACAGUCUGGAGAAAAGUCUAAAAUGGUUCUUUAAUGAUUUAUUUACGGUUCAGCAAGGCAUGCAACAGCUCAUGCCGAAGAGGUGGAAGAUAUAUGCUACUUAUACAAAGACAUACCACAAGAUGAUGCACGAUUUUCUGAUAAGUCUGGUUGAUGACCCUGAAUUACCACCGGACAAUCUGUUGGCAAUUCUUCACUGGACGCCGAAAUACUACAAGAAGAUGUCCAAGUUAGGCUGGAAAUCAGCGGACUUGACGCCAAACGUUUUGGAUGAUCGUGAACCAGAGCUUGUUCGCCAGUGGCAGAGCGUCAUUCUCAAUGCCGUGGAUGAAUGGAUGGAUCGUAUUUUUGCUGCGGAUAAGAAAGCGCUUCUCGAACGCUCGUCGGAUGCCCUGGAAACGAACUCAGAUGGCUUUUUCCGUACGAAGAUGUUGGGAGAUAUGUGGCGAAUGCUCAAUGAACAAAUUGGCGCUGCGUCUGCGUCCGAUCGUGCUGACGUUAUUGAAGGCAUUAUCGAUUCUAUGUUCCGAGCUCUCAAAGCUCGACAAGUUGCUUGGCAAACAGUUCUUGAUGAAGAAUGCGCCAAAUAUAGUAACACAAGUCCAGACCAGGCCGAAGGAUUGCAAGCUCUGCAAGACUGGCUGGUCGCUGUGGCCAAUGAUCAGAUUGCAUGUAUUGACGAUAAUGAAGAGACCGGUCAAGUGGGUUACCUGACUAGGUUCAAACGGGAUAUUGAGUCCCUUGUCACACCGAAUUACAUGGAUGACAGAGCUUCAGUCGAACUGGAUGCUCUCCGAAAUGGAUACGUGGAUCUCAGCACUCACUGUUUGAGUCAGUUUGUCAACCUCAUCUUCGUGGUUGACUUCCGUGCCACGCUCCCCGAAUUCUUCACAUCCAAAUGGUACGGCGAAUUUGCUAUUAAGCGCAUGACCUCUACGUUCGAGGACUACAUGUCAGACUACGGCUCGGUGCUACACCCAUCACUCAGCGAAAUCUUCGUCGAGGAGCUAUCAGAUGAGCUUCUCGUACGCUAUCUAUCGGCCAUCCGCAACCGCGGCGUCAAAUUCCGCCGUCAAGACCCCUUCACGGAAAAAUUCAAAGACGAUAUCCUCACCGUCUUCGCAUUCUUUCAGAAAUUCCCAGACUCCUUCCAAACCACUAUCAAGAAUAAAUGGCGCCUUGUCGACUGGCUUGUCCGACUGCUUGAAGCCGAGAAGAGCGCUGGCAUCGUCAAUGUCUACGAAGCCUUGAAGACCGAGUACUGGGAUUUGCAGAUGUCCUGGGUUGAGGCCGUGCUGCGCGCUCGUGACGAUUUUGAGCGGUCGAUGAUUAGUUCGAUCAAAGCAAAGGCUGCUGAGUUGAAUGUUGAGAGGGGGUUGGAGACGAUUAUGAGUAAGGUUAAGUGA